AAGGCCCAUCCAGUGGGGAAUUAAUGGGGCAGAGAAGUGAGGUCAGAAAUAGAAAAACUACAGUUCUGCACCAAAUCGUCAGGCAUUAGGUCCAGAGUCCCUCCCUAAAUCUGGACCACACCUUCUGGUGACAGCCUACAUAAAAGGACAGGGAAGGAGGGAGUUAUUGCUUUUGCCUGCUAACCCUCACUCUCCAUGGUUACAGAGAGGCCGUCUGCUCAGCAAGCUGUGCCCGGGCGCAAGCGCGGACCUGAUGCAGAGGAACCGCGGCUCAGAGGGACACGGGAGACCGGAGGCUGGGAGAGCGCAGCGCGAGCGCGCAUUUCCGAAACCGAGUGGCGACCACGGUCGGGACAGCGGCCUGAGGCGCCUCGACGGCCAGCGCUGUGGGAACAGCGGCCCCUGGCGGCGGCCACCACAGCUGACGCGAGGGAACAAGCCCGGCUGAAGACGCGCGUGGUGGCCCGGGACACGGAGGCCUGGCAGCGGGACCCCACCUUCUCGGGCCUGCAGAGGGUCGGGGGCCUGGACGUGUCCUUCGUAAACGGGGAGAGCUCCCGGGCCUGCGCUUCCCUGGUGGUGCUGAGCUACCCAGAGCUCAAGGUGGUGUAUGAGGACAGCCGCAUGGUUCGCCUGAAGGCCCCCUAUGUGUCAGGCUUUCUGGCCUUCCGAGAGGUACCCUUCCUGGUGGAGUUGGUCCAGCGACUGCAGGAGAAGGAACCAGACUUCAUGCCCCAGGUCCUUCUUGUGGAUGGAAACGGGGUACUUCACCAACGAGGCUUUGGAGUAGCCUGCCACCUUGGUGUCCUUACAGAUCUGCCCUGCAUUGGGGUAGCAAAGAAGCUCCUGCAGGUGGACGGGCUAGAGAACAAUUCCCUGCACAAGGAGAAGAUUGUACUCCUUCAGGCUGGGGGAGACACGUUUCCUCUGAUGGGCAACUCUGGAACUGUCCUGGGAAUGGACAUACUCAGAACCUCCGCCCUGAGACUGGUCCUGCUCCACAGGAACACGCCCCAGCCAUGCUUGACCUCCCUCCACCCACAGGCCCUGAAGAGCCAUGACCGCAGCACCAAGCCCCUCUAUGUCUCUGUGGGCCACAGAAUAAGCCUGGAGGUCGCUGUGCGUCUGACCCACCACUGCUGUAGGUUCCGGAUCCCAGAGCCCAUACGCCAGGCUGACAUCCGCUCCCGAGAGUACAUCCGAAGGACUCUAUCACAAAGGCAGGAGAGGAGCCAGAAGGAACAGAAGCCAAAGGCAUGCCCCAAAGGUAGCCCAGGAUUGCCUGCCAAUCAGGGCAGGCCCCCCAAGGACUGUGACAGAGGCUCCUGCACGGAGCCGAAAGAUCCCCAGCCAGGCUUCCAGGAGCAGCCGAAGGAUCGGCAGUUGGAGGGAACUGGGCAUCAUGAAGACUCAGACCUCUGGCCUCCUCCAGCCUGGUUACAGUCACCACGCUGAGAAGAUGAUCUCUAGGAGCUGUGGGAACCUCACCCACAGCCACAAGUUGAGCACCAGGCCCCCCUGCCAGAGGCAACAGCAGCCGAAUCCCCAGAAGGACGCAGCAGGCAUGCGACCAUGGUUGCCCAGCCGCCUCCAUCACUAGCUGGUCAGUGUAGUCACCAUGCUCCAGCAGGACAUUUCAGAUCAGGAAACACACAGAGUACACAGGAGCUCCAGGUACCCAGAGGCCCUGGAUUGUCAGCCUGUGCCAGCACCUGCAGCUCUGACCAUCCCCCUGGAACACAGACCUGGUUCUGACUUCACUCAGACUUCCAUUGCCAUCCUGGCCACAGACUGUCCUUCUGUAGGCAUAACCGGACCGCAACCCUAAGGUGCCUGUCCUUAAGCCUGGUGCUGAGCUUGAGGGACCUGCAGUGGGAAAGCCUCAAGCCUGGAGCAGGCUCAAGAGUGGGUGUUGGGGAGUCAGCUCCACAGAGGGUGCCAGAUGGGAAGCCGGUUGAGGCCCAUGGUGAGAAAGCCCCAGGCUCAGCUCCUCACUCCUCUUCCUGCCACCCUCUCACCAGAGGGAGCGUCAAAAUCCCAUCCACCAAGAAAGCAGGGUUGCUCUAGGCUGCUGGAGUCUUCUCUGGGUGGGCCUGGAGUGGUGGCUGCGGCGGGCCUCAGAGGAGGCUCACCAGAAGCUCAGCUCCAGCACCCUGUUCUCACACACGUGCACACAUACAUACACAUACACUCCAGGUUCACUAGAGUGGCAGCUGAGGUGGGACACAGAGGUGACAUACCUGUAACAUGUCCUCUGCCAGCACCCCAAUCCCCAGACUUCCUGGAGGAGAGGUGAUAGGUGGUAGGCUAGACUAGCUGCCUAAUCCUACACCCGUGGGGGUCAGGAUGGACCGAGGCCAGUGGUGGAGGAAGGACAGCAGGGCUAGCUUUCCUGUCACAGCCAGUUCCAUUUAGGUUCAGCUGGGCCGCCGAGUCUCCCUCCUAAGCCAGGUAGUUGUGACUGUCAAGAUCCCUUGAGGGUAGGGCAGCUGGUUCCCACUCCCUGGGAUUUGGGUUUGGGACAUUAGGGAAGAUACACGUGGUCCUUUCACCCAGUAAGUUCCCAGUAAAUUAGGUGUGUGGCAACCUCCCUACCACACACCUGAUGUAAGAGCCCCAGGGACACCCACGGUGUCUGAGCAGGAAGGUAAUCCCUAUGGUGCCCACAUGCCCCACCUUCUUUAGGGGUCCUGUGGAAAGGGAAGUGUGUACUUGACCAGAGAACCCCCCCCCCCCAGCUAUGGCCUCACUCUACCUACUACUGAGUCAGAGUCCCAGGUUGGUACCUUGGAUCUAACAGAGGUUUCCAAGAGGUGCAGCCCCCACUGGCCCUCCCCUAUCACUCACAGACAUUGUAGGCAUACAUGCAUGCAAGCGCUCACACAUACACGCGUGCACAUACACUCGUUCCCUGGCAUUCCUGUGGAGCCUGCAGCUGGCCCCACCGUCUGUCCUCCUAACUUUCAGAUUUCUCCCUCCUCAAGCCUUGUCAAGACAGAGUUGUGGAGGGGAGUUUUUUUUGGGGGGGGGAGUUGGAAGCAAAAGAUUGGGGUUAAACUGUAAUGGCCAGGAUCCUCAUGAAGAGCUUAGAUGUUGAGUGGGAAAUAAGGCCUGGCCAGCCUCCCAUGCAACUGGAAGGUGCCACAGGACAGGUGGGUGAGGGCUUCACACAGGGUUCAGCACACGGCAUCCUUGGGUGAGGAAAAGCUGUUAGCUUAGAGAAGUGGGCUCCAGAGGCCAAGGCCAUCAGUCUUUAAGGCCAGCCUUACAGAUAACGAGAAAAACAGAGUCCCCAAUCCACACCUCACUUGAGCAGGCAGUUCCUCCCACUCCUGUGAGCCACAGAAUGUGGCUGGGAACCCAGCCUGGCCACCCCUCUGUCUCAUCUGUUCCACUCCACUGGAGACCUUCCCCGGGACACACAGAAGUCACACAACACCUGCCCAGCACACUGACACCACUCAGGGUGGCCCUUCAGGCUGCCAGUGCAAACACCCAGUGAGGGGCAGGGCGGAGCCUGAAGGCGGCUUGUAGGUAACUUGUGUGCUUUCUUCUGAGAGAAGAUCCUUUUGGCUCAGUCAUUAAAUACAGCUUGUCGACUUCUGGAAUAUUCAGUCCGUGCGUGCACAGUGGUCUGUGUGGGCCCAGCCACUGGGGAGCUUGAGACUGGAGGACCACCAGCCUGACAACACAGGCCAACAAAAAGAGGAUUCAUUGUCUCGUGCAGCUAUUACCUCAUUUGCCCCAAAGCAUUUUCAUUGUUAUAAGGGACCUCCAGUCCCCACCCUUCCCCACAAGAAUCUGCCAGCCCAGCCAUCCCACUUGGUGUAUGGGUCUGCCUGUUUCCAGGCUCCUUUGUGGGCCUCCUUGUGACUGUGCACUCGGUUUGUCUCGUCAUCAAUUCCCAGAUGCUUUCCCUGUGCCUGUCCCAGGAACGCUAGAUGCUGAGCUCCUUUGUGACUGUUUCCAUUCGUGUGCGUACAUGCCUAGGAGGGACAGCGCCCGGUCCUGAGGUGGCCCUGUGCUUCACUUUAUAAGAAACCCACCACCCCCAGGGGCGAAGGGCCUAGCUCCGCACCUUCGGGCACUUGUUACUGUGUCUUUGGACUCUGGUCACCCAGGGAAUUGGAAGGGACCUCAUGGGAAUUUACUUGCCUUCUCCUAGUGAUGAAUGACUUCGGCGCCUUUUGUCCACUCUCUGGCCGCAUGUGUGUCUUGGGAUAAAUGUCUGUUCACAUCCUUA